CCAUCGCCAAGAAUAAAACCCAUCUGCCUUUCACUACCUUCAUCUUCUGUUGCACCAUAGCAAUCACAUACUUUCCCUUCAUUCACAAUCCAAUGUCCUCACUCAACCAACUUUAACCCUAAUCCACAAUAACCCAUCAAACAGGAACAAAAUUCCCCAGAUGCGAAAUCAAGAAUGCCCAUUUGAAUUGGUGGAAAUCAAGAACGAAUAGCCUGGUCUUCUUAUCAAGAAGAUGUUUUUUGGGGCCGUCCAAUUGGGAAUAAUGGCGGCCUGUGUAGUCUUGUUUGUGCCAAUGGGUAUGGCAGGGUGGCAUCUGAGCCGUAAUAAGGUUCUCUUCUUCAGCGGCGCUCUUUUCAUCACUCUUGCUGUAUGUAUUCAUCUUAUUCCUUAUUUCCCUUCUAUGUUUCCCCCUGUUCUGUUACAGCAAGAACAACAGCAACAAGAUCCUACUUCUUGCAUUUCUUUACUAAACGAGGUUACUUAUUUCCCUAACUCUCAUGGGUUCUCAUGGAAUUGGGAAACCAACUCUGGAUCUCAUGAUUGUGAUUUCCAAAAGUUGGGUCGCCCCGAUGUUUCAGACCUGUUAAACGGGUCGUGGGUUGUUGUUGCGGGAGAUUCACAGGCGCGACUGUUUGUGGUGUCUUUAUUGGAUUUGGUUUUGGGUUCAGACGAGAUGGAGUCGAUUCAAGACGAUUUGUUUAAGAGGCAUAGUGAUUAUCAUAUUGUUGUUAAGAAAAUUGGCUUGAAGUUGGACUUCCUAUGGGCGCCUUAUGCAACUAAUCUGACUGAUAUUAUCAUCGGGUUUAAGCGAAAUAAAAUUUACCCUGAUGUGUUGGUGAUGGGUUCAGGGUUGUGGCAUAUGCUACACUUCACAAAUUAUUCGGAUUAUGGUGUUUCUUUGGGGUUGCUGAGGGAUUCUUUGGUUCCAUUGCUUCCGGUGUCACCUGAGUUCAAUGCGGCUGGGCCUGAUAUGGGAUCUGAUCCUAUUCGAGCACUCCAUUUGUUUUGGUUGGGCAUGCCGACAUUGAUAAACCGGAUGCUAAAUACAGAGGAGAAAAGGGUAAAGAUGACCCAUGAGAUGUCUAAUGCUUAUGAUCAAGAGCUUCAUAAAAGCAAGAUCUUGCGCCAAGAUGGUGGCCCUUUUCUGUUACUAAAUGUUGCGAUGCUAAGCAAUAAAUGUGGCGUUGAUUGUUCGUUAGACGGGAUGCAUUACAAUGAAGCUGUUUAUGAAGCUUCUGUUCAUGUUAUGCUUAAUGCAUUGCUUAUUGAGUCUCAUCAAAAGCUAUGAUAUAGAUGAUUCUUGAUCUCUUCUUUCCGCUUGAAGUAGCAAUUUUCUUGAAGAUGGGUUUACAGACACCACUUAUGCUUUUGAUAUCAGCAAGUAUGAUUUCUUGCUGUUGAUGCCGAUUAACAUAAUAUCAACAUCAGCAAGUCAUUCAUCUCGGAUUAGUUGGGGUAUGCCAAAAAACGAAACCCAGUAGAGUUACAUUCUUUUCAACACAUAGGAGUGUGAUGAUUAGAUGCAUAUAGAGUUCCAUCUCUUUUUUCAGUGUCAAUCAAUGCUAUAGAAUUGCACCAAUUGUAUUCAGUAGAAAACAUUUCAAGAUUUGCAACCAUGUUGACAUGAAAAGAUACAAAAGUUUGUCC